GUCGGUGUGACGAUAUCAAGGGGCGGGGCCGAAGCAGCCCAGGGGGCGGGUGUUUGAAAUCAGUGCCUUAGAGUAGACCCUAAAUAUCAUUUUAUACCUUGGAGAACCAAUUACUUAAUGUCUCUUCCGUCUUUUCCUUUCCCGACCCCCUCCCAGACUCCUCCAUUCCGGUUCUGCGUGGAUGGGAAGCCCCGGGUAGCCGACACCACGUCCCCGGCUAGGAUUACACCAAACUGUUUAAAUUCAACGGCUCCUGCUUCCAUCCUUUCUCCUGAGGUAGACCCAACAAGCCUAGGGAGUUGGGCUACGGAAAAACUAGUUUUCAUUUAAUUGGAUAUGAAGAAAGAACAAAUAUGUUACGGGGGCAACCACGAUCUUUAUAAAGAACAUAAGUUCCAGGAAAGCAGGAACCUUGUCUCUUGUUCACUGGUGUAUCCUCUGCAUAUAGAACAGUGCCUGGCACAAAAUAGGUGCUGAAUUUUGUUUUAGAUACUUCCAUGAAGACACACUUGUAUAUCUGAGUCAUCCACCCAGGUCUGGGUAAUUCAGUAGAACUCAAGAGGACAGAACCAGGUACCAACUGAGGAAAAUAAUAGAGUUGCAGGCUGAGUGACCAUUGGCAUCUAGGCAAACCUGCUUCCUGGACAAUACUCAUCAGUCAAGAAGCCCAAGAAAGAUUAUUAUUUCAUGUGCAAAAAGUUGACUGGUAGAUCCUGUUGCCUCAUACCUACAGCAACUCAAAAUUAAAAAGUAGAAUUUUCCUGCAUCCUCAACUACCUAAAACAUAUCUAAAAACUGGGAGGUUGCUUUCCAUUAAUUUGAAACUAUGAAGUCUAAGAACAGAUGUGCUGAGAAUCCAAGCUGUAACAUAAUGAUAUUUCAUCCAACCAAAGAAGAGUUUAAUGAUUUUGAUAAAUAUAUUACUUACAUGGAAUCCCAGGGUGCACACAGAGCUGGCUUAGCCAAAGUCAUUCCUCCCAAGGGAUGGAGAGCCAGAGAGUCCUAUGACAACAUCAGUGACCUCAUGAUAACCACUCCUCUGCAGCAGGUGGUCUCUGGGAGGGCAGGUGUGUUUACUCAAUACCAUAAAAGGAAGAAAGCCAUGACGGUGGGGGAGUACCGCCACCUGGCAAAUAGUAAAAAGUAUCAGACUCCUCCACACCGGAAUUUUGAAGAUUUGGAGAGAAAAUACUGGAAGAAUCGCCUCUAUGAUUCCCCCAUUUAUGGUGCUGACAUCAGCGGCUCCUUGUUUGAUGAAAACACAAAGCAGUGGAACCUUGGGCGCCUGGGAACCAUUCAGGACCUGUUGGAGCAGGAAUGUGGAGUUGUCAUCGAGGGAGUCAACACACCCUACCUGUACUUUGGCAUGUGGAAGACCACAUUCGCGUGGCACACAGAGGACAUGGACCUCUAUAGCAUCAACUACCUGCACUUUGGGGAGCCCAAAACUUGUGAGACCUGCUGUGGCAGGAAUGUGCGUCCUGGUCGUCGUCGUUGUGCAUCUGGGCGACCGCCUGCCGGAGAUGCUGCUGCCAGGUCCAGGACCACAGCCUACAGCUCCCAAGAGCUCAGCCGAGCCCCACUGGCCUCCCAGCGUCCGUCUGUCCCGGAUACCCACCUGUCAGCUGGCAGACCUCGUCGUGGCCGUCCUCCCCGGCAACUAAGGGUUCAAGAGCCGAUCCACCAGGGUCUAGCCAAGAAGCGCAGGUUGGUGGUCACGGAGCACACAGCUCUGGAUUCAGAGCUUCAGUUCCAACCUGGGCAUGGAGCUUUGAUGGUCAACCCUUUCCUGAGGCACAAGGUGGCUCUCAUCUCACCCACAGUGCUCAGGGACAAUGGGAUCCCCUUCAGCUGUGUGACUCAGGAGGCUGGGGAGUUCGUGGUGACGUUUCCCUAUGGCUAUCAUGCUGGCUUCAACCAUGGCUUUAACUGUGCAGAGGCCAUCAAUUUUGCCACCCCUCGGUGGAUUGAUUAUGGUAAAGUGGCUUCUCAGUGCAACUGCGGGGAGGCAAGAAUUGGCUUUUCCAUGGAUUGUUUUGUGCGUAUCUUGCAACCUGAAGGAUUUGAGCUGCAGAAUCAGGCUCAAGACUGUGCGGUAAUGAAAGAGGGAGAACCCCUGGUGCAUGCUAAGCAGAAGCUGAACACCAAGAUGAAGGUGUGCUUUCAUUGUAAAUCUUCCCCUGGCCCAAGGCACCUGCGUGGUAGGGGAUCCAGGUGUCUCAAUGAAUCUCUUUACACUGUCACUGUGGGCAGGCGCUCCACUCCCAUGCCUACUGUGUGUAGGCUCCUCUCCUCCUCCCAAAGGGCUUCUGUUCAGCACCAGGCUGCAGUCAUCAAUAGCUACCAGAGGCCCACCCCGAUCCAGUCCUUGACUCCUGGUCUGUUCACCCCAGAUUUCCAAUUCUCAGCAGGCAGACCGAGUAGAGGUCGUCAUCCUUGGAAAUCAAAGGCUCAGGGGUCAAUACUGCUGGCUCAGACCCAAAAGCUCCUAGUGGUGGGCACAGGAGAUACAGCUCUGUAUUCAGAGGAUCAGCCCAUGCCUGAGGAUGGAGUUUUGAUGGAGGAGCCUGUGUCUGUGAGCCGUGGGCCUCAGUUUUCUGGGGAUGCUUUUGGCUGUUGUUGUGCCCCUGAUCUGCAAUUCUUGGGACCCCCACUAGAUCCCCACAAUCCUAUGCACCCUGGUUCAUGCUUGCUGUCCCUGGAUGACAUUACAGCCGAUCUUCCUUUAAUUUUCCCAGCUACUUCUCCUAAUGUCAAUAUGCCUUUGAGAAGGUUCUCAGGGGACACUGCUGGCAACAGCAUUACCCCUGUGAACCUGGCUGAAGUUGUAAGGAUGGACCACUCUUAUUCCCGUAGAAUCCUGGAUUGAGCAAAUGUUUUCAGAAACCAUUUGCCACUGAUUCAGUUCAGAAACACUUCACCACUCACAGUGGUGGCCCCUGCCUGUCCCUAGUGAAGCCUGACACAUUUCUCGGGAUGUCUGAGGCUUUUUCUUUUCAUGACAACUAAGGGUCCCAGUGACCUCUGAAGUGGAAUCUCCCACCCUAUAGGCUGCCAAAGGAGAUAGGAGUACCAUCCAGGGACUCAGCCCAUUACUGAAUAUGGAUGUGCCUGUGGUUCCUACUGUGGUCUAGAUGCCACAGACAUCUCUUAUUUACUUUGUCACCCUCAGGACACUUCCCCUGCAGUGCUGUGGGUUCAGUUCCCACAAUCAUUUGGGCUAAAACUGAUUGAUGCUGAGGAUCUGGGUGAACCUCUUAAGUCACCAAUCCUGGCUUCUACUGAGCCUUUCCAGUCCUUCAAUGGUAACAUGCCCUACCUCUCAGGCCCCCAGCAAUCACUGUUCAUGUAGGAACUAGAUUUAUGAAGAAUUGAAUCUGGCUGUCAGUUAGGGCCUCAGGGAUAUUUUAUCCUUUUAUUGUUGGCUAGGGAUGCAGUUCAGUAGUAGAGCCUGGCACUGUCAACAAUAAACAAUCAAAAAUGUUAUUCCUAAUGUGUAUCUGUAAACCAAAAAGAUAAAAUCCUUAAAAUAUCUUUUUAAGAUCAGAUUUGUAUAAAAGAGGUAUAUCUAAAGCACAAUAUUGCCAGGGAUUUAGCUCAGUGAUUCUGCUGCCUGCCUCUCAAGAGCAAGGACCCAAGUUCGAUACCUGGUACCAAAAAAAAAAGAAAAAAAAAAUAAAGAAUGGGCAAAGCCUUACCAUGGAAAAGGCAAAUAGGAAUUAUGAAUCUUAGUAUCAGACAAGCUAAUGGAGACCAAGUCUACAUAGAAGGACUACUUAUAGUACUAAAUAUGAAAUUUCACAAUGGAAGCAUAGCCACGAAUACCGAGCAACUUAUGUUCAUUUAAUUUUUAAAUGUUUUAAUUGAGGUAAAGUAUAUGUUACAACAUUUAUUAUUUUAACAGUUUUAAGUGCAUAAUUUAGUGGCUUGAAUGAUAUUGUGUUAUAUAACUAUCAGCAUCCAUCUUCAAAAGUUUUUAAUCAUGGCAAAGUGGAACUCUAUCCAUUAAAUAAUGUCUCCCUGUUUUUCUCUGUUCCAACUGCUGGUGUCCAUUAUUCUGUUUUAGUUGCUUAUUAAUUUGACUGUUUUCACCUUAUACAAGUAGAAUGGUACAUUUGGAUUUUUUGGUCUCUGGUUUGUUUCACUUAGCAUAAUGUGCCAAGGUUAUCCACAUUGUAGCAUGUGUCAGGAUUUCCUUGCUUUUUGAGGCUAUGUAAUACUGCAUUCUAGGUAAAUGCCACAUUUUCUUUAUCCAUUCAUCCAUUGGUGGACAUUUGGGUUCUUCAUCUUUGGCUAUUGUGAAUAAUUAUGGCUAUUGUGCAUAAUGCUGUAGUAGCACUGAUGUACAAAUAUUUUUGUAAGUCCUUGCUUAAGACCUUUUAAAUCAGUUUUUAGUUUAGGUUUCAUAUUCUUCAUUGAGCAUCAUUUGUAUUCCUUUGCAUCUGCCUUGACUGUAUUUUCAAUGUAAUAA